CUAGUCUGGCACCGUGAUCAAUGUCGUCAUCUUCCGCCGCCCGGACCAAUUUGACCAGCCAAAGUGUGAUCACGCACCGCGAUCAAUUGGUGGGAAAAGGCUCGUUUCGCCUGGUGUACGCGGGAACAUACGUUGGCGGUAACCGCAACGCACAAGAAGCGGUUUGUAAGCAGUUCAAGCCGCACUGUAGUCACCUGGAAGACUACUAUUACAGUAACGAUUUCCGUAUCAUUGACAAGGCCGUCGACUAUGCCGAGGACUGGAACGGAAUGUGUGAGGUAGGGAAAGAAAUUCUCGUGACACGUGGCAACGUAAUGAACGCCGGACGUGCCAAGUACAUGGUGGAGCCUUUGAUUCGAGACUUUACCAGGUUUACGUCCAACAAUGGAUGGAUCCGGUAUGAUGGCGAUGCGGAGCUCGCCAUGGAGGCCUAUUGUCACUAUACGUACCACCGUUCGGGUGGACGACUGAUUGUGUGCGAUCUCCAGGGCCGUUAUCGGUACAAUUCGUACCGUCAGAACAAGUGUCGUUUUGAACUGACGGACCCUGCAAUUUGUUCACGGGACCGCCAAUACGGGCCCACCGAUUUGGGUGAAAAGGGCAUCGAAAGCUUCUUUGCCAAUCACGAAUGCAACCGCUUUUGCAAUUGGGACGGUUAUUGGCAGCGCCCCCGAAGUGCCCGGGCGUGGUUCAAGUUGAAUCAGGGGACGAGCAUGUUUGGAUCCGACUCCACCCACCUUUUGCUCACCUGCAACACGGCUCGCUUUAAUGCAUCACUGCAACCAAUCUACGACGACAACGAAGACUCUUCGGAUGACGAUUCGUGGUAAUCGUACGCCUUUUUAUAGUAUUCAUUCAUGUAAAAA